AUGGAGCUGCGAUUUUCAUCACCCUUCGCUAAGCUCACACAGCUACACAGUCUAUGCUUACUGGUCGCCCACGACCAAACGUGGUAUUUUCGCAGUAUGAGUUCGGGGACUCCAACGGCCGACGAGCACGCAAUGAGCUCCCGACGGCCGAAGAAGCUAAUCUUCGCACCCGGCGACAUCGAAGCAACGCCCGACCUCAAAAUCACAGCCACCGAAACCAAAGACCCCUCCUCACCGGCCCCCAGCGUCCCCGAGCACAUCGCCGAGCAGCUUCGCUCAGAUGUCUCGACCCCGGACUCCACGAUCGAGCGCCAGAUCGUCGCCCACCCGGCCCGCGCACACCAAUUCGUGAGCAACCCGCCCCUAACAGUCUCCCAGAUGCACCCGUCCAACCCGCUCCACCAAUUCCACACCUGGUUCCGCGACCCGCGGCUGUCACCGUCCUCGGCGCCGGAAACGUGUACAUUGGCCACGGCAUCGCUGCCUUCUGGGCGGGUUAGCGCGCGCGUCGUCUACCUCAAGGAACUGGAUGAGCGGGGCUGGGUGGUGUACAGUAACUGGGGCAGCCGGGAGGGCAAAGGCGGGCAGAUAUUUGGCGACGAGAGUCUUCUCCAAGACGUGCAGGGGGGGAAUCGGUGGGCUGCGCUGACGUUCUGCUGGUCGGCGCUGGAGCGCCAAGUUCGCAUUGAGGGGAUGGUGGAGCCGCUCAGCCGCGAGGAGAGCGAGUUGUAUUGGGAUACGAGAGAACGAGGCAGUCAGAUUGGGGCGUGGGCGAGCUGGCAGAGUAAGGUGCUGUGGUCGGCGGAGCCUGAGAUACUGGUUGACCGGCGGCGGAAGAGCGUUGCGGCCGCGGCGCACGUUCAGGGCUCGACGCCUAUGUCUGGAUGUCUUGAGAUCCCGGCCGACAUUGACGAGACGGACAUUGAUGAUGGGAGGGCUCUGCUUGAGCAGCGGGUGCAGGAGAUGGAGGCGCGGUUUGCGGGUGUAGAGAAGAUCCCUCUUCCGCCGUUCUGGGGUGGUGUGCGACUGGUGCCCGAGUCGGUGGAGUUUUGGCAAGGCCGACGCAGUCGGUUGCAUGAUCGCUUCCGAUAUGUGAGAGUGAGGGAAUCAGAUGAUGAUUCGUCGUUCAAGUGGCAGAUUCAACGACUUUCGCCAUAG